GCCGUGGCACCGUGCAGACAUAAAGUGGAGGCGCUGCAGGUCCAUAUAUCGAGACUCAGGUUACGGAGACUACCACGCAUAGGUUUAAGGCGCACCACCUUCCACGCCUCCAUCAGCUGCACAUCACCAGAGUCACCAUGGCGCUGCUGGUGGGAGAGGCUCGUAAGCUUCCUGAUUCACACCCUUACACUGUCUUUCAUCGCCUGGCCCACCGCCCAAAGACGCAGGAUAAGGUGGCGCUCCUGUAUGAGGCCACAGCGAUCACUUAUCAUCAGCUGGGACAGAUGGUUGACUCCCUUUCCCUGUGGCUGGAGGCGAGUCUGGAGCGAAUGAUGCGAAGGGGUGAGGAGGAUGGCAAUAAGAAUGGUGUCGAUAAUGCCGCUAAUGGUGAGAGUCUUGCGGCAGAGCUAGCCAAGCUACGCACAGGGAGCACACAAAGGAAUCCCACCGCUGCUACCAAUGUUGUGACUCCUACCCCAGCCGCCUCCCCCACCGUGACUACCACCAUCAUUGCCCUGUGCCUGCCCCGCUCACCCGUGCUGGUGGCACUCAUCUUGGCCAUCUGGAAGCGAGGCUGGGCUUAUGUCCCCUUAGAUCCCAUCGUGCCGGCCCUACGCACUCUUUAUGUAAUCAAAGAUUCUCGGCCCGCUUGCAUCAUUACUGACACACAGACCAAGAUCAGGAUCAAAGGCCUGGAGACUGAUUACGCUCUGGCCACCUCCAUCACCACCACCGCCACGACCACUGACCAGCCACCCCCGGCCAGCUACGUGAUCAGCGACAGGAUCAUGGACGUGACAGGGUGGGAAGGUAACACUUUCCUGCAGAUCCGCAACGGGGGCAUGGAUGAUGUGGGUGAGGAGGAUGGCACUGAGGGAACACCCGUAAAGGAGGAGAAAGGCUCCAUGGCCGGUGAAGAGAGUCCUGUGCAGACUGUGUGUUCGCGUGAUAGUUUGGCCUGCGUCCUGUACACGUCAGGCAGCUCUGGUGAUCCCAAGGGCGUGAGGCUGACGGUGGAGAAUAUCAUGAACCGCCUGGCGUGGCAGUGGGAGGCGCUGCCCUUCACAGAGGACGACGUCUGUCUUAUGUCCAAGUCCCUGACCUUCGUGGACUCCCUGACGGAGGCGAUGGUGCCGCUGCUUGGGGGCGCGCCGCUGGUGGUGGUGAAGGAGGACGCCAUCAACCCGGAGCUCCUCAUCAGGUACGUGUGUCAGUACAGCGUGACGCGAGUGGUGGCCGUGCCGUCCCUCCUGAAGCUGCUGCUGCUGUACCUCAACACCACCAAGGAGGCGACCCGCGUGUUGCUGCAGCAGGUACGGGUGUGGGUGACCAGCGGCGAGCCUCUGCCUGGUUGGCUGGCCAACGACUUCCACGCCACCUUCCCCAGCAGGAGGCUGCUCAAUCUGUACGGCAGCACGGAGGUGGCGGGGGACGUCACGUGGUGUCCCGUAAAAGAGACCAACUGGAAGCCAGGUGUGCGGGUGCCGGUGGGGGCGCCGCUGUACAACACUGCUAUCCUGAUACUGCGGGGAGAGGGGGCAGGGGGCACCCGCACCCUGGCUGACGAAGACCAGAUUGGCGAAGUGGCUGUCCUGGGCACGAAUGUAUCUCCGGGGUACCUCAGUGGUUAUGUUACCUCGUCCUCCUCCUCCUCUUCCUUCCGCUCCCUCUCCUCUAUCAUCAUCAAGGACGAGCGAAAGAAGAAGAAACUCUACGAUUAUCUCACCAAAGUGCACGAGUUAAUGUCCUGCUCGCCGCCACCCACCAGCACACCCGCCCCGCAGCCUGCCUCCGUCACCAGCUGUGAGGCGGAGCACAAGCCGUCCUUACCUUCCAGCCCAGCACCAAGCCAACACCAGCCGCACCCGCCCCGGCCCUCCUCCACCCCUCCUACGCCUCCCCCGCGUGUCAAAAUGGGCACAACACUGACACAGCACGCCAAGACCUCCACGCCUCCCCCUGUACCACCGAGGACCUCCCCUAGGAUCCCUCCGCGAAGACUGUCCACCACCCCUGCAUCGCCAGCCACGACGGCGAAGGUGGCGACGCAGCAGGAGGAAAGAAAAGCACAAGAGGAGGAAAGGAAGAGGACAACUGAGAAUCAAGACACGAAAAAGGAAGGAAGAAAGGAUGAAGAAACGAAAAAAGGAACCAAGAGAGAAGAUGAGAAAGACACGAAGAAAUCAGAGGAAGGGAGAAGUGAGAGGUCCAUAGAGGAUACAUUAGUGUAUCUUUCCGGGGACUUAGGGAGGGUGUGCAAGGGGCAGGUGGUGCUGGAAGGGCGGCGCGACUCCCAGGUGAAGGUGAGGGGCGUCAGAGUUCACCUAGCGGAGCUGCAGGACGCUCUUCAUUGUUCAGGAUACGUGGCAAACCAGUGUGUCUUAGCUACAGGGGGAGGUACGGGAGGCGGCAGCACGGCGGACCCUGACGCAGAAGAAGAUCAGGUACUGGUGGCCUUCGUUGUCCUGAAGGCGGAAUACUCAGACCAGGACACCGCCACUACUGAGGACUUGACUCGCUGCCUCCGUCUGUACCUCCCGCAAGCUGUGGUUCCGAGGGUGGUGGUUCUCGACGCCCUCCCGCACCUCCCCAGUGGAAAGGUCGACCGUCAGGCCCUCCUAAGGAUCUAUCGAAGGAGGGUCAUCCAACACCGCGGCUCGCAGGAUGGGUAUUUGAUCCUAAGGAAGGAUGAACCGAUAGAGUCACGAGUGCUGAGGAUCAUUUGCGGCGCCCUGGGUGUGAGUCGCUCCCAGGAUGUACUGCAGAAGAACUUUUUCGACCUCGGAGGCACCAGCAUCACCUCCGUCAGUGUGGUAGUGCGCCUCAGGGAGUUGGAUCUGGACCUAAGCCUCGAGAGCUUCCUGAAGGCGGCCACUAUCGGGGAUGUGGUCAAUGAUAUACUGAAGGCAAAGACCAUGGCUGAAGUGAUGAACCUCUUCUGCUCGCCUUGCCCCGCCCCAGCCUCCACCAGCCCCACGCAGACCUCCGGCAGAAGGGGAAGCAGAAGAGCCGAGGAGAUCACUCUAGGAAUCAGCGGAGGAGGAGGAGGAGGAAGAGGGGACAUGGAGGAGGAGGAGGAAGAGGAGGAUGAUUCAGUGGUGGAUAUGGGUAUUCCCGCCCUUCAUCCUGAUCUCCCCGUCUCCUGCAGGCCGAGUCCUCACGCACUGCAAGCCGGGAAGACCAAAGGCAUCCGUCUGGCGCAGCUACACACGCUUCCCGUCUCACAGGGAGUGGACAAGGCAACAGUGAUCGAGAUGGUGGCAGAGAGCUUCGCGGCCCGGAAUCCUCUUGACGUGGCCGCAGGAGUAACCAGGGCAGCCCACCGCCUCCUCCUGGGUAACCUGUGGCCUUGUCUGGUGCAUGAUGACCUCAGCUUUGUAGUGAAGGACCCCAAGAGAGGCAUCCUGGGCGUGGCUGUCAAUACGGACCUCUUCAAUGAGCCGCUGGUGGAGGUCCCGGCUAGCAUGGACGUCAUCGCCAGUUUGCACGCCCCGCUGGAGGAGGAGGCCCGGCAUUACCUUCGUCAGGAGGGCAUAAUCGCCUCAGCCUCUCCCUCCAACGCCGGCAGCAGGAGGAACAGCAGCGUGGGUACCAUGGGCACGCGGCGGAACAGCGGCAGCGGUAGCAGGAGGAACAGCAGCAGCAGCAGAACAGGCGCAUGCACGACUACCCCGCGCUGGCUGCACAAUCUCUACCUGGCCACCAGCAGCUGCCUCUCGCCUCAGGACAACGUGCGUCUGUCGCUGCACCUGGAGAAGGAAGUGGUGAAGCUGGCCAAGAACAGACUGUACCAUGGGGUGUUCACUGUCAACUCCAACCCCCUCAACCAGCUCCUGUGUGAGACCUUCCUGGGGUAUGAGAGGACAGGCGCCGUGCGGUGAACUCCUUCGUGCAUGGCGGUAGGCGUCCCUUUGCCUCGCUGCCCCACCACCUCCUGCUAGUGGCCAUGACCAAGACACUCUGAGCCUGCUGCCCACACCACCCUUCUGCCAGGGACACCUCAGACACACCCACUGACAUGACUUAUUAACCCUUUCAGUACUGGAAUGCAUUUCUACCAUGAGUUUUGUGUAUGAUUAGACAAUUUUCUUGACAUUGGGAAGAGUCUAUGGAGGCCAGAAGAUUAAUGGCCCAUCUUCACUAUUUCAAUCCCUAGAUGAGUUUCUGAAGCUGUAUAAAAUCACCAAAUAGUAACCAGAAUGAAUAGGAAAAUGCGUCAUGGUACUGAAAGGGUUACCUUCAUGACUGCCUGUAGCAAACUCAUCCCCUCAUCCUGGUGACCAACUUAACCAUCUAACUAACUCUCACAACCAGCUAGUGACCAUCCCUGGUGACCUGCACACCCACCAGUGACUUCAAACACCACCUAGUGAUCUUAGAAUCUAUUAAGACAUUCAUCAUGACUUGGUGACUUCCAUGACUGCUGGUGAUCCUCAUAACCACUCUGGCGACCUGCUACUCCUCUUACUGACUCACACAAAUGGUCACCAAGACAUGGCUUAUCAUAUACAUUACUUGGAUGAAAAUAUCAAUAGUGUAUUCCACAAAUGGUGCCAAAUGUGUGUGUGUGUGUGUGUGUGUGUGUGUGUGUGUGUGUGUGUGUGUGUGUGUGUGUGUGUGUGUGUGUGUGUGUGUGUGUGUCAGCCACCUUGUCCAUCCUCUUUUCUGGCUGAGAGACAAAACAACACAAACUCUCCAAUUUUGCCACCUAAUGAACACCUGGCCAAGAGCACCAGGUGUGAGUUGCCCAUGCGCUGUGCUGUGCUGUACUAACAUGACAACCCCUCACUUCACAACAGUUUGUCUGAACCAAACUGCAACUCUUCCAAGCUUCCCUCACUGUGUACUCAAUGUUGUUCCAUUACACCUCUUAACCCCUUCAAUACUGGGACACAUUUUGACCUUGAGAUUUGUGUACGAUUAGACCAUUUUAUUGACAUUAGCAAGGGUCUAUGGACGUCAGAAGAUUAAUGGUCACAGUCUUCAC